GCGCCGAAGACCCCGAAGACGCUAUAACAUCGCUGGACGUCUCGCACAUCGGACGCACCAUGCAGUCGUGGCGCCUCUGCUUCCUGCUCCUGGCGACGGCGGCGCUGGCGUCGGCGCGGCCGCAGCGCGAAGGCUCCGUGUUCACCAACGAGGCCAUCCGGCAGGCGCAGAACACGCAGCUCAUCCCCAAGGACGCGUCCAUCCAGAAGGUGGACGAAGGCAUCGAGGUGGCGGCCGUGCAGAACAUACCCGGCGACCAGAGCGUCAACCUGUUCCAGAUCCUGGGCGACCACGUCCCCCCUGAGGUCGUCAACAACCUGCAGGCCCAGGUCGACCAAGUGGGCAAGCAGUGACGGGCCUACCCUCACCUCACCUCCCUUCCCCCAACCCAUCCCCUUCUCCACCACACCCAUCCGGGGCGCAAUACGUCGCGCGCCGGCAGUAGACGCCGGAGAAGCUUCGAUGACCCACGCCUCCCCACCCUUCCUAACCUCCCUCCACAUACCUUCCGGUGCGCAAAACGUCGCGCGCCGGCAGUAGGCGCCGCAGAAGCUUCGAUGGCCCACACCUCCCCACCAUUCCCGACCCCCCUCCACAUACCUUCAAGGGCGCAAGACGACGCGCGCUGGCAGUAGGCGCCGGAGAAGCUUCGAUGGCCCACACCUCCCCACCCCUCCCGAAACCCCUCCACAUACCUUCCGGGGCGCAAUACGUCGCGCGCCGGCAGUAUGCGCCGGAGAAGCUCCGAUGGUCACGAGCCUUCAACACAUCCUGUCCGCAACUUUACUGGCUGAAAACCUUUUUUUUUAAUUUUUUUUUUUAAAGAGAGAGACUACUAGAAAGACCACCGCCAAUUUCUCCAAGUCUUCCAUCUCCGGAGGAAGAGAGAAAAAUAAUACAUUCUAUUAGGCCCAACGCCGUAAGGUUGAGAUGAAGAACUAACUCUUUCUACGGAUAAAAAUCUAGAAAAAAUUGCAGAAUUGUCUGAGUACUGGUACAUACAUACAUGAUUUGUCGUAAAAGCAUGUCAAUAGGGGUAGGGAUCGGCAAAUAAAUUAUUCGCCAUAUUUUCCGGCGCGUAAAGCAGUAUCCAUCCAGCUAGUGCAGACGAAAACUGAGUGAUACGUAGAGGCAUUGAUACGCUUCUGUGUACUCGACAAUUCUGUGUGAUUUUUUUUUUAUCCUGGUUGAUAACAGAUAACGUCGUGGCACGUGAUUGGUGGGCCGUAGGGAAGUGGCGUGCAUUUAGAGCAAAAACAGAAAAUAAAUUCAAAUUGAUAUUUUGUUCUGUCAACGUGGCAAUUUUUUUUUCGCUACAACUCCAUUUAAGUUUUUCAUGCUUAGUCGUAAGGGAACAGUUGAUUUCAUAAUUUGUAAACAUCGGACUGUAAUACUUUUUCUUUUAUAUAGUUUAAAUAUGUAUGUUUGCAAAAGAAAUGUACAGUUUCAGCCAAUUAAAUCUGACAUUGCACAGAAAAUAUAUAAAAGCUUAAAUUUUAGGGAUGUUUAGCUUGAAGUACACUUAUUUUUUUUUUUAAAUCAUGAACUAUUUAUAUGCGGAUAAAAUGUUUUUUUGUACUAUUUUUUUUUAAAUAAAUGUAAUUGUAUCUUAUAAAA